AUGUCCCUAGAUGACUGGUCAUCUAACACAUCAAGAUGGUCUCGAUCUAGUGUCUACUAUUAUAGCAAUUUAGUGUUAGAUAAAUUUGGGAGGAACCAAGUGGGCCUUUACAAUUCUAAAGGAAAAUACGGACCUAAAAACCGGAACGUCAAGCACCUUAUUCACCCCUUUCAGUAUGAAGGUACCUGGAAUGUGGCGAUUCUGCUGCGAAAAACUGCAGUCAGGGGAGGGAUAGAUGUAGACAACUCGCAUGCAUUCUCCGAGCUGGGAAAAGAGACUAAAGUAUCAGUUGGGGAACUGGUACUGAUCAAUUGCACCCCUAAUGACCCCAGGUCGGAAUUCCCAGUUGAUGUUUGUUUCAAUAUUGAUCAGUUCAUUCUUGAAACUGGACAGAAGCUAAGAAACCGUUCGCUCAAGAAUUUUUCCAGGGUUGAGAACUUAUUUCCUAUUUAUUCCAGAAUUGAUGCACUGAAUGUGUUGGGAGUCGUUUUUACGAUGUGCUGUUCAUCAUUUUUUCCUCCCUAUUUAGCCAGCAAGAGUCUCAGCCAGUACAAAAAAUUCAACAUCUCCCGAUUUUAUGAUUUAUACUUCAAUGAUUUAGAACCAGAGACUAUUUUCAAGGCAGAGUUAAAGUUCAUCCAUUUUGACAAAUUUCCCCGAAUCAAAGAGCAUAUUGAAACUUCAAAGCUAAAAAACUUAGACCUGGUCAGAACCAAGAACUUUGCAUUGGACAACCGGACACCAAUUGAUGAGGUAUUAACUAAUGCUGUUGAAAAGGCUGUACAACCAAGUAAGUCUUCCUCCUUUUCACUAAGAAAGAAGCAACCAAAUGGUUCAAACCCACACAAUCAGAGCACCAACCACAAAAGACAGAAAUUAGAAUCAGUCUUACAAGUUUGUUCCACUCAUGCUUCAAACUUUUCGAUUCCUGAUACAAAUUUAUUCAAUAAAAACAUUUGUGGAGAUUUUUUAGCUACUGUCACACCCAACAUUGAAGCGUUUCCAAGCCAGUCUGAAGUGUUCUAUCUUGACGAUUUAAUGGAAAUGAUUGAAAAUUGGUACCACCCCUCUCAAGUUCUGUCAGAAAGACCACUAUUAGUUCGAGAGAGUACUAUUGUAUGUCUUUCCCGUCGUAAUAGCAUUAUAUAUGACGGAGAAGAAUUUGACGAGCUUCAAAAGACGGACCAUAGCAACCAAGUGCUGCCGUUCUUUUACGAGAGAAAGUCUAUUUAUCUGGUGAACUUUCAAACUAGCGACAAUUAUCAUACCACUGUUAACUGCAUUGAAAUAACCAGAAAGAAUAAUUCAAGGGAUGUCUCGUCUAGUUUACUUCUUCGAAAAAUGGUUGAAAACUAUGUCUUCAAAUACUCUAGGAAAGUCAUUGAAAUAAACACCACAAAAUAUUACAUUCCUACCGAUAUUUUUUCUUGCUACUUAGCCACCACUACCAUGAUUUAUUUUCUCCACCGAUUCCUAGUAAAAUCGGCAUUUGAUAUAGAUUUGAGUCCACCGUUCAAUAAGAUACAGGAAUACACAGAAAAAUUGGAGUCUUUAUUGUAUGGAGUGUAUGAUGGGGAUGUUAUUUCCAGAAAUAAUUCGUACCUGGAAAUGAUGACGUUUUUGAAUCUUUAG